ACGAUGUCCAGGCGUGUUGCAAGCCAAGUCCACAAACAGGCUUCGCGUCUACUCCGCAAGGGCUACCUCAAACAAGAGCCAGCAUGGUAUCAAGCUGUUCUUGAUCAUCCACCACUGCCUCUUCCACCAAAAGCUCCUCCAGAACGGUCCAGUUACGACCUCCCGACGGCAGAGUCCCCCCGACCCACCUCUCAUUCUCUAUCUCAUAAGAACCGACCUCUGCCCAUAUAUUACCUCGAGGAUGAAAUUCGGCGCCAAUUCUUCCAGGACCAUCCUUUCGAGGCCUUUCGCCCGCGCACCCUUGUAGAAGGCGCAGCGAUAGAGGACGAACAUCCAAUCAGGGGAAUAAGCUGGACCAGGCUACGGCAGCGAGGGAGGAACCCCACGCCGGAAGAUGCUAUCCGUUUUGCAUUGAAUCUCCACUUUUACCAGGAGGUGGCCUUGACGGAAGCCUAUUCGACCGCGGUAGCCCAAUUUCGUGCCUUGCGCUCAGAGCAGGAAGUUGCGAAGAAGAUUGCACUUCUUGAAGCCGAGUAUAUGGGCAUCCGACUCGGGCCCACCGUGGUCGACAUCACAUUUGACAAAGAGGAGCAGGCUCUGAACUCUUGGACAGAACGGCAAGAGGUGAAUGUGGGACAGAGCACUUCAAAGAAGCGGUGGAAGGCGAUUAUGGAGAGGGAGGGUCCUCCUCCAUCGUGGACGAGGGGACAGGAGUACGUUCGGUUGUGGCAAGAAGGAAUACGGCCGACCUACGCUCCUCUGGUUACGGAACGGAAGAUCACGCCAGCCGGGAUCGUCGGAGUAACGACAGAGAAGCCAGCAAACAAGCCAUUGCUGACCGAGGCAGAAAUCAAGCGGAAAGCAGCGGAUUAUAUGAAAAUACGACCAGCUCUCUAA